AUGAAGGACGAUGCUCGCGGCGCGUUGCUUUUGGAAGCGUGUCCGGCCCCGUGUUCGGCCUCUUCCAUUUACGGAUCAGAAUCGAAACGGAAGUAUUCUUUUGCUGACGGUAUUAUCACGCAUGACGUUGCAGUGGCGACCUCGACCAACGGGGGAAAGUACGUGCCGAGGGCUAUUCUUCUGGAUCUGGAGCCGGGAACGAUGGACGCUGUUCGAUCAGGGGCGUACGGGAAGCUGUUCCGGCCGGACAACUUCGUGUUCGGGCAGUCAGGCGCGGGGAACAACUGGGCGAAGGGACACUACACCGAGGGUGCGGAGCUGGUCGACUCGGUGCUGGACGUAGUCAGGAAGGAAUGCGAGAACUGCGACUGCCUGCAAGGCUUUCAGCUGACUCACUCUUUGGGCGGUGGAACGGGAUCCGGCAUGGGGACGUUGCUGAUCUCGAAAAUUCGCGAGGAAUACCCGGAUCGGAUAAUGAACACGUACUCGGUGAUGCCGUCGCCGAAGGUGUCCGACACGGUGGUGGAGCCGUACAACGCCACGCUGUCGGUUCAUCAGCUGGUGGAGAACACCGACGAGACCUACUGCAUCGACAACGAAGCUCUCUACGACAUCUGCUUCCGCACGUUGAAGGUUUCGAAUCCUAGCUAUGGCGACUUGAAUCACCUGGUCUCGCUGACCAUGUCCGGCGUGACCACUUGCCUCAGGUUUCCCGGCCAACUGAACGCCGAUCUGCGAAAGCUCGCUGUCAACAUGGUCCCGUUUCCACGUUUGCACUUCUUCAUGCCGGGCUUCGCACCGUUAACGUCCAGAUCUAUGCAACAGUAUUCCGCGCUCUCAGUGCCGGAGCUCACGCAGCAGAUGUUCGACGCGAAGAACAUGAUGGCGGCGUGCGAUCCUAGACACGGGCGAUACCUGACGGUGGCCGCGGUGUUCCGCGGCAGAAUGUCGAUGAAGGAAGUCGACGAGCAAAUGCUCAGCGUGCAGAACAAGAACAGCUCCUACUUCGUCGAGUGGAUCCCGAACAACGUGAAGACGGCCGUCUGCGACAUCCCGCCCAAAGGCUUGAAAAUGUCCUCCACCUUCAUCGGGAACACCACCGCCAUUCAGGAACUGUUCAAACGAAUCUCCGAGCAGUUCACCGCCAUGUUCCGCAGGAAAGCGUUCCUCCAUUGGUACACCGGCGAAGGCAUGGACGAGAUGGAGUUCACCGAGGCUGAGUCGAACAUGAACGAUUUAGUUUCGGAAUACCAGCAAUACCAGGAAGCCACCGCCGAGGAGGAUUUCGAAGCCGAGGAGUGCGCCGACGACUUUGAGACUUGCGACCAAGAGUAA